AUGGGUAUCGGAGAUUUCGAUGAGCGAGACUUCGAUCUUGACAUUUCUGAAGAUGUACACCAAGAGAUCUCCGAUAUACUAUCAACUCUGGUUCCAUCCGCUACUGCAGGACCAACUACUCGAGUUGAUUCAGCUGAAGUAGAUGCAUCAAAAGACGUAGGACCAACUAACGAAGUUGAUGCGUCUACCGUCAUCGGUGAAUGUGAUCAACCUGAAGGUCUGGGUUUCUUACUUCUGGUAAGUCCCCCAGCUGAAGUUGAACCACCAGCCACUGCUCCUCCAACUUCUGCUAUUAUCGAAGCUGGACCUGUUGUGCCUUUCACUCCGAUUCCAGUGGAUCAUGAAGUAGGAGGGUCGAAUGUUACGGUAGAAGAGCAACCUCCUGCUACCUCAGCUCAACUUGAACAUGCUCCUCAAGAUCUUGGCGACUUAGACCCGAAGUCGUCAAGAAUUGUAAUUGAACAACAGCUUGACGUAAUGAAUCCACCGCCCAGCAUUACCUCUACACAAACUUCGGAUGUCGUGGAGCAGGUCUCAGCCUCGACAAGUCAAGAUCUUUCUUCAUCAUUGUCCGAUUGCAUUCGAGCUUUAUUGGCAGAUGAAGAUCCGGACAAAAUUGCCCUUUGCAUUGACAUCCAAAGCUUCAUUCUUUUCUUAAACGCCAUGGUUGAUCGGAUUCUCCUUAAAGGUUCACCAUUUGAACUUUUCCAGAAGUCUCUCGAUCAUCAUGUGUCAGGAAUUAAAGAACAGGGGUGCGCCGAAUUGUCUAACUCUCUUGAAGCUUAUUUGGUUGAUCUUAAACAACACAUCAAGCAGUUGCAGAAUUUCCGAGCUAAUGGCGCGUCUUCUUACAUCACUUCCGAAAUGGACCUGAGGCUACAAGCAUGGCGUGAUUCUCAGAAAUCUGUUGAAUCCGAACUUCAAAUACUGAAGACUCGUAUUAAUCAACUUCGGGUAAGCGCCUCCAAGAAGACACAAAUCAAGGCAGAUCUAUAUCGUAACUUGGAAUCGCGUCGGGCAGUGGUAGCCGAAUUAGAAAAGAGACUUGCUGAAGCUAGAGAAGCUUGUGAAGUUUUAGAGUCUGAUCUGGCGGAAGUAACUCAAGCUGAAGUGAGUACAUUACGGCAACUGAAUCUUCAAGACAAAAUUUUUGCUGACAAGGAACAAGAAGCCGCCAAAAUCCGCAGCAUCGAUGAAAGGAAAUUUAAAGCCAAUCUGAUACCUGAGCUCGAACUGGCUUAUGCGACAAGGCUUUCCCAAUUAGAAGAUGAACUCCGCCACUAUAAAUUAUUGUAAUUUUAAGAACAUACAUUUAUUUUUUAUGCUGUUUUAUUUGAACUCUUUUGGUUAAUACA